AUGAAGCUCAACGUGAACCUGCGAAUGAACACGCUUCUCGUCGUGUGCGGCAGCCUUUGCCUCGCAUUCACUGGAGCCUCAGAAACAGAGCGGAGGCUGCAUCAGAAGCUAUUUCAGAACUACAACAUGAAAGUCCGACCAGCUCGUUACUGGGAGGAGAAGGUGAUGGUGCGAGUUGGGAUGACCCUUUCUCAGCUCGUCAGCCUGAACGAGAAGAAUGGUGAGAUGACAACCAACGUGUUCAUGAAUCUGGAAUGGACAGACUACAGGUUGUCAUGGACCCCGGAGGAAUAUGACAACAUCAAUGUUUUGAGGAUUCCUCCCAACAAGGUGUGGCGUCCCGACAUCUACCUCAUAAACAAUAACGACGGUCAGUUUGACGUGGCCUUGUACGUCAACGUCUUGGUUUACAGUGAUGGGACCGUCAACUGGCUUCCCCCUGCCAUCUACCGCAGCUCCUGCUCUAUAGAGGUGGCGUACUUCCCGUUUGACUGGCAGAACUGCAGCAUGGUUUUCCGCUCGUACAACUAUGACGCCUCUGAGGUGGACCUGCAGUACUUCCUGGACGAUGGCGGCAAAGAGAUCCAAGAGAUUGUUAUAGAUGACAAUGCUUUCACCGAAAAUGGAGAAUGGGCCAUCUGUCACAAACCCUCGAGGAAGCACGUUAAGGACGACCUGUACGAGGACAUCACUUUCUAUCUCAUCAUAGAGAGGAAGCCUCUUUUCUACAUCAUCAACAUCAUCGUGCCCUGCAUCCUCACCAGCGUGUUGGCCAUAUUUGUCUUCUACCUGCCUCCUGGAGCAGGAGAGAAGAUGACUCUCUCCAUUUCUGUCCUCAUCGCUCUGACCGUCUUCAUGCUGCUGCUGGCUGACAAGGUCCCGGAGACUUCCCUCGGCAUCCCAAUUAUCGUCAACUACGUCAUGUUCACCAUGAUCCUGGUCACCUUCUCUGUCAUCCUGAGCGUGGUCGUCCUCAACCUGCACCACCGGACGCCCAGCACACACAUCAUGCCAAACUGGGUUCGAAAGGCGUUCAUUGACUUCCUGCCCAAGUACAUCGGCAUGACGAGGCCAAACCCAGGGGAACCUCUGUUGAAGGAGGAGUCUAGUGACUAUAACGACACACCUAUCCGAAGCUUCAAUGGACGGCAGCCUGGAGGAGAAUACUUCUUUCGCAAGAUCAACCCUGAUCUCGUCAUUCCCUGGAGAGGCAGGUGUGAGAGCACGGUGCAGCUCCAGCAGCUCCCGAACACUGACAGCUUCUGUCUGAUCCUCCCUCCCAACCUGAAGUCAGCCAUCGCCGCCGUGACAUACAUGGCUGAGCAGCUGAAGAAGCAGGACACGGACGACACGAUGACAGGAGACUGGCAGUUCAUCGCUCUGGUGGUGGACCGUCUCUUCCUGUGGUUGUUUGUCAUCAUCACCACCCUGGGAACCCUGGCCAUGUUCUUGGACGCCAGUUUCAACUACACUCCUGAUAACCCCUUCCCUUAG